CUCGAGUUGCUUCUUGGAAUCUUAACAUGCAGAUUGUGGAGAUAAAAUAAAGAAACCAUGACGUCCUGCUCCAGUGAGAUAUAAAUCACUUUGUUCUUUGGGUGGAGUUAUGUCACGUCACCAUCCCCACCUGCCCUCUCCGAUAACCACGCGUGUCCAGAAAAUAAGAUUUUCUGCAAUUUCCCAGCCUGGGAUCGAUAAAGUGGUCAUGGCGGAGCGGCGGGUGGAGUGUACGUGGAAGAGACACAUCUCAGAGCAGCUGAAGCUCAGAGACCGAGUGCAGAGACAGGCCUUCGAGGAGAUCGUCCACCAAUAUAACCGUCUGCUCGAGAAAUCAGACCUGCAGGCUGUUCUGUCAGAGAGAUACCAGACUGACAAGUAUGAUGUACAAAGAGGACAUGAGGCCAGUUUGGGGGGAGACUCGAGUCGCAGCGACACCCUGCAACAGGAAAUGGCUCAGAUGAGAAUCAAACACCAGGAGGAGCUGACAGAGCUGCACAAAAAACGAGGAGAGCUGGCUCAGAGUGUGAUCGAACUGAACAACCAGAUUCAGCAGAAAGACAAGGAGAUCCAGAGCAACGAGGCCAAGAUGUUGGAGUACCAGCAGCAGAUCGCCAACCUGGAGGGAGACUGUCGGGACCUGAGGAGCUACCUGCAGGACCUGGAGAGGGCGAACCAGACGCUGAAGGACGAGUACGACGCCCUGCAGAUCACCUUCUCUGCACUGGAGGAGAAGCUGAGGAAGACCACGGAGGACAACCAGGAGCUGGUGUCCCGCUGGAUGGCUGAGAAGGCUCAGGAGGCCAACAAGCUCAACGCGGAGAACGAGAAGGACAGCAGGCGCAGGCAGGCCAAACUGCAGAAGGAACUGGCUGACGCUGCCAAGGAGCCUCUGCCCGUCGACCCGGACGACGACAUCGAGGUUCUGGCUGAGGAUGGAGGGAAGGGCGGUGGAGAGACGUCCCCCAACAGACCGCUCAGCAGAACCCCCAGUAAGAAAAUCUCCCAGCCUCCUCCUGGUGGUCUGCUGGACUCCAUCUCCAACAUAUUUGGCGUGUCUGAGUGUGUUCAGCCUGGACUCGUCCCACCACUGUACCCGAGGCGUCGAACUGCCAACUCUUUCAGCACGUCGCCUGAAAGCGCUGAAGCUCCCUCAGGUGUGUGUGCAGAGGUUCGGGUCCCGACGACAGCUCUGCACGUGUUUGACGCCCACGACGGUGAGGUGAAUGCAGUGAAGUUCAGCCCCGGCUCUCGUCUCCUAGCAACAGGAGGGAUGGACCGCCGGGUGAAGCUGUGGGAGGUCGUCGCCGGUCGCUGUGAGUCUAAAGGAGCUCUGACCGGCAGUAACGCUGGAAUCACCAGCAUUGACUUUGACAGCGCUGGCUCGUACCUGCUGGCUGCCUCGAAUGACUUCGCCAGUCGCAUCUGGACUGUAGACGACUACAGACUGAGGCACACCUUGACUGGUCACAGUGGGAAGGUCCUGUCAGCUCGCUUCCUAUUGGACAACGCUCGCAUCGUCUCUGGGAGCUACGAUCGAACACUCAAACUGUGGGACCUCCGCAGCAAAGUCUGUAUGAAGACGGUGUUUGCUGGUUCCAGCUGUAACGACAUCGUGUGCACGGAGCAGUGUGUCAUGAGCGGACACUUUGACAAGAAAGUCCGAUUCUGGGAUAUCAGAGCGGAGAGUAUCGUACGGGAGCUGGAGCUGCUGGGCAGAGUGACGUCUCUGGACCUGAACCACGACCGCACCGAGCUGCUCACCUGCUCCAGAGACGACCUGGUGAAGAUCAUCGACCUACGCACCAACGCCGUCAGACAGACGUUCAGUGCUCAGGGCUUCAAGUGUGGAGCCGACUGGACCAGAGUGACCUUCAGCCCUGACGGCAGCUACGUGGCCGGAGGUUCAGCUGAUGGAGCGCUGUACGUCUGGAACGUCCUGACGGGGAAAGUGGACCGAACUCUGGACCGAAACCACAACUCUGCCAUCAACUCGGUGUCGUGGUCGCCUUCGGGAGCCUACGUCGCCAGCGUGGAGAAAGGCAGCAAGGCCAUCCUGUGGUCUGAUAUGUGAUGUGGAGACGGACAGCGAGGAGGACCGUCCACCUGCCCGUGAAGUAUUCGGUGGAGCUCCUCCUCCUGUUGUUGAACUCGCCAGCUGACGGACUGAAUCAGACUUUUAUCAGACCGCCGCUCGUCGUUCUGCCUUCGUGUCGACACGCCGAACAUAAAGGAACUGCUUCAAUCUCAUGUUUACGUUCUCUCCUUUUGGAUGCGUUCAGAAGCAAACUGCCGUCACACGGUUUCAAACUGCGUCCAGCUGGAAGUCGAAGAUGACUCAAGAGUUAAUGAAUAUCUUUAACAGUCCGCAGAGUAUACAGGAAACACUUCAGAGCCUCCUCACUAAUGUGUGUCUGUGUGUGUGCAACCGGAAUAAAAUCAGAAAUCCAUCUGGUGAAAA